AUGGCGGAUAAUGACUUAGGUGUAAAUUACAGCAGACUCCGAAGGAACUCACAGGUUUUUGAGGAUGAUAUUCUGAACUAUGAAAGAGAACACUCCGAUGAAAUAAAAAAAUAUCAGGAAGUCGUAUCUACACUAAAGGCGGAAAUCAUACAGGUAGCAGAACGGAAUACCCACCUUCAGGACCUUUUGCAGAAGACGAAGGAAAACUUGGAAGAGUUAACAGCUCUGAACAACAAUUUGAGGGUUUCCUGUGAAGUCUUGGAGAAAGAAAAUGAUAUGGCUGCAAGGGAAACUAAGCGACUGCGUGGUGAAGUAUUUCAUUUAAAGAGCUGCAGAGAAGUCCAUGCUGAACAAAUGAAUGCGGGAAGCCAAAAUGCAAAAGAGAAAGGCGACGUAGUUACUCCCCCUAAGAAUAAUAUAUUCAUCUUGGGUGAUGGUUUGGCGAAAGGUUUCAGGGAUAUUGUGGAGCGAUGUAUGGGAAAAGAGUAUCACGUUUCGGCCUUAAUUAAAGAGAAUGCGUUACUUGAUGACGUUGUGAAAGAGGUUUUUAAUUAUACACGUCAUUUUGACAAAAAAGACUAUGUGAUUUUAAUGGCUGGUGUGACAAACUUAGUGAAGGGAAGACAUAUUGAAGAAAAAACUAUACAGACUAUUAAAUCAGUUGGUAAAUACACAAAUGUUAUAAUUUGUUCUGUUCCCCUAUGGAAAAAUAACACAUUAGUCAAUAACUUUAUCAAUGAGUACAAUAAAAUGAUGUCCAACAGGUUAUGUAAUGGAGACAUGAGUAAUUGCUUUCUGCAUUUCAAUGCCUUUAUAGGAAAUAAAGACAUUUACUUUAAUUAUAAUAAUAAUAAUUUAUAUAUUAAAUAUAGAGGCAAGUUACAUUCUUACCAUCAUGUUAAAGUAUUCCAGUACGAAGUCCGGGCCUUAGCCACAGUUAUAGGCUCAGCCAUAAUGAUUAUAGUUUAG